AUGAGCACAGUCGAUGUAUCGACCAGUCCCCCGGUUGCGAGUAACCCUCGCGGGGCGGUCGUUCUUGAAGGAGCUACUAUUUCAAUGGUCUUCGUUGUGAUUUUUGUUUGUCUGCGAAUAUGGGGUCGAUAUCGCUAUAACAAUUCGCCUGGAAACUCGACACCAAGUUUCGGUGAACCCAGAUACUGGAUGCUGGUCUCCGACUUAGCAAUCGUUGCUUCAUCUGUACUUGCCAUCAUUUUGACUGUGAUUGCUUGUGUUAGCGCGGAAUGGGGACUUGGACUUCACUCGAAACUCUUGAGCAAGACACAACUUGAGACUACACUUCAGAUGUUUUAUCUCUAUCAGAUAUUCUAUAAAGCAGGAUGUGGUCUUUCGAAGAUUGCUACUUGUCUACUCCUCUUGGCCAUUUCGACUCCACACAUGAAGAAUUUCAACAAAUGUUGCAAGAUAAUGAUUUUAUACAUCGCGGCGUAUUCUCUCAGCUGCUCCAUCGUUUCAGCCUUUCAAUGCGGCCUCGACUUCAAGAGUAAUUGGAUUCACUCGUUAAGACAAACCCACUGCUUCUACAAACCCCCAUUCUGGUUUACUCAUGCUGGCUUGAAUAUCUUCGCCAGUAUAGUGGUCGCAGCUCUUCCAUGGUGGCUAUUUUCUCAUGUUCAAUAUAAGAGAAAAUAUACUAUAGCACUGAUCAUGACCAUAUUAGCUCUUGCCGAGAUCAUCCUUGGGUGUGUGCGUUUGAAGGGUCUUUAUACAUCCUCUCAAAAUCUCAACGAUAUACCUUAUGGUGCUACAACCGGUAUACUCGUCUCUCAGCUUGAAGUCAACUUCGGAAUCAUCUCAGCCUGUAUUCCUACCGUUCUGAAGAUCAUGGAAGACUUCUUUAAACGAUUAUUUGGGAUUAGCUUUGGUGAUACAACAAUUGAAUCGGGGGUUCAAUCUCAAUCUCGAUCUCGCAAUCUCGGAGCUCUGGGUAGUCACUUGCAGACUACAGACAAGUCAAAGCCUCGCUCACAAUACGAACGCUUUGGCGACGACGAUCUUGAGAUGGAUUCUAUGCAUUCGGGCAAUAGCAGGGAGAAUAUCAUCCGUGAUGACAAAGUCCCUGAUCAAAAGAUCAAGGUUGAAACAUCUUACAUCGUAGAAAGAGAGAUUGAUAAAUCCGAAAGUAUGUAG